AUGAUAAUAUAUAUAAAACAAAUGUGGGAAACCCGAAUAGUAUAUAAAGUUAACUGGGUUCAAUGGGAUACCCGGAUAGAUGCAACAGUACAGCCGGAUCAAAAACUAAUAAUCACAAAAGGUUGGCACCAAAUCCUAGCCGGGUAAUACACUACAAUAGUGAUAAUUGAUUAAUUACCAUCCUCUUGGGCUCUUCAGGCUCCAUUCUAUAGUGAGAAGUGUAUCUUAAGUCUCUCUCUUCUCUUCUGUUCUAUUGGUCUCAAAUGCCUGGCUUUUAUAGCAAACGGUUGAAGAGGGCCGAAUUACAGCACGAGCGACUCUCGUGGUACCGCAUGUUUUAGCGCCAUAUUUGGAGAGAUGGGAGAUUUAUUCAGUUUGGGAAUAAGUUGUGUUAUGGAUAUAAUGGGGUAUAGGAUGGUACAAAUGUAAGGGAAACACUUAGGAAAUGAUGCCAGUGUUAUGUCAGGUAAGGAUGCCGAGUAAAAUCUCUUAUUUAUUAAGGACUGUUGUUGCCAUGUACUUCGCAUAGAGGAAAUUCGGGUUCCCGUAUAUAAAUCAUUACGAUAUGAAUGUACAAAGAUUCUUUACAUAUUUAAGUUGAUCAAAUGAUGAUUAAGUUCAUCAAUACAUAUUUUAUUAUUGAUAGUUGCACACAAUCUAAUUUUGGACUAGCCGUUACAUAUGGAAGUAUCUUCGGGUAGUGUAGAUUCAGUUAAGUUUGCUCAAAUCAUUAACCCCAAGGGUGGGACCACAAUGGGGGAUCAAAGUUUUACAAAGGAAUAUAUGAUCGAAAAAAAUAUGCUGAUAAAGAAUAGCAAGGACAUAUUGACUCAGGUGAGUGUUGUGGCCCAUGGGACUCUCGUUUGGAUUCAAAUGAUAGCCUCCAAGAUGGGACCACAAUGGGUUCAAAAUUUAACACAGAAUUACAUAUAGAAUGAUUUCUUUUAAAAAAUUUCUGCUGAAAGAAAUUGUGCACAAGUAGUCAAAUUGAUUCGUAUUUGAGACCUCAGCACUUUUGGGUGUUGAUUUAUAUUUAGUUUUUUAGAAUAAGGCCAACGAUAAAAAUUGUUGAGUUUCCGCUAACGUUCCAGAAAAAAAUAGGGUAGGUAGGUAGGAAAUAAUUUUUUUUUUUUUUUAAAUUUUAUUUUUUCAAAGUAUGCAAAAACAUUGUAAACUCUUAACAAGUGUAGUAUAGGAAGGAGGAGAAAAUCUUUGGUUGUACCGGGAAUCGAACCCGGGACCCCUGCAUUACUAGGCAGGUGCUCUAACCACUGAGCUAUCCAGUCCAUAUAGCCCUAAUUACUACAUUCCUCCCUCCUUAAGAUCAAUUAUAAUUGUCUUUCAAUAUCAACCCAGGUUCUUUUCGCCCCUGACAGGCCAACCUGCACCACCAGGGGGGGUCAACGGCACCAAAUGUAGUAUGGGAAGGAGAAAAUCUUUGGCUGGACCCCUGCAUUCCUAGUCAGGUGCUCUAACCACUGAGCUAUCCAGGCCGAUAUCCACGGUCCGUAUAGCCCCAAUUACUGCACAAGUUAAAUGUUCUAUUGAAUGUAAAACUUAUACGGUACCAAUUUUGAUGCACCAGAUGCGCAUUUCGACAAAUAAUGUCUCUUCAGUGAUGCUCAACCGAAAUGUUAUACUUUCAAAAUAAAAUUUUGCUUAAAUUGCAUUGCAAGUAAACUUUCAAUCAUAACAUUUCACCCGUUAUUGGCUGAGGAUUAUUUCCAGAUGUUUUAUAAGAAACUAUAUUUUUCAAUGAAACAUAUCUAGCAUAAAACACAAAAGUUUUCUAUGCCACUAUGCUCUACAAGUACCAGAUAUAUUGUUUCUACAUUUAGAUUGGUUGUCAUAGGUCAGGAAUACUUCUAUUGGAUAUGUUUGACAAGAAAAUAAUGUGAUGGUUUUGAAAAAAUAUAUUAAAUCAUCACCAAAAUAUCAACAUCAUUAACAUAUUUUAAGUUUAUUAAUACAUUUCUGAAUGUAUUUUCACUAUCUAAAUGGAACAAGGGUAGGAAGACAGUCUGGGCAGAUCCCACUUAUCCUAAUGGGAUCCAACUCUCUUCCGGCUAAAACUUUUUACCGGACAUAAAUUUUAAUUUUAAAAACAAUCUGCACAUCUUUUUUUCCUCUCGGCUCUCACCAGCCAUCAACAACUUGGAUGCGCUCACUGCUUUAUUUGCGGCCUUUUUCAGAGUGUUUUCAGUUAGAACUGCAGCAGAAACCAAGGAUGUGCAUACAAAUUUGACAGACUGGACAUUCAUGUCUGUCACUCUGCAUCAUGACCUCCAUAUAAAACUAGGGUCCCCGUGUAUACACAGUAAUGCCCGCUGAAACGAUAGCAUAAGACAGUGCAUGGCUAUAAAUAGCCACCGUCUAAAAACAACAUAGGAGUUGGCAAUUUUAACAAAAGAAAGUCUUCUAUGAAAACAUGACACUUGGCAGAGUCUCUCGACCGUCUGUUAACUUCAAUUGUUAAAUCACCGUUGCGUGAACACGCAUGGAGGUACUAGCCACUAGGUCAUGCUGGUUGCAUCACUCUAUUUAUGUGGAGAUUCACGUCGAAUCAUGGCCGAAAGAAAAUAAUUCCUGGAACUUUGCAUGUUUUAUGGGACUUUCCUUAUGAGAGGUGGGUGAUUUGGCUUUUGACCAGCUGAUUUUGCACGUGCUUGACUUCGAUGUAAACAAACUCUCACGCCUUGCUGGAUGGAAACCUGCCACAAGGAAAGUAAAAACAUCAAUGAAAAUAAGCAUUGGGUGGUUGCACUUUGACAUUGAGAGGAACAAGUACAUUCAAGUAAAACUGAAAACUGGUGGUGGAAGUAGAACAGUGGAUAUGCCUGUGGAAUCAUCAUACAAGGAGAUGCUUGAAAAGGCCAUCAACAUAUUUUUUCCAGCAGGGAAAUCACCCAAAGGAAGGAUUGACAAAUUUUCUUGUGUCCUUGGAAAUUUCACCCAAGAUUUGAUAAAGGAAGAUGGCUUCAGUUUGCAACAAUAUACAGAAACAUCCUGCCUUUCAAACAAACCAAGAAUAUAUCUGAUGACAAAGAAAAAAACUGAAGAGGAGCUACCUUCCCUUUUUGAACUAUUAUCUGGGGACUCUUCUGAUGAUUUUGACCUCCCAGACCUGGUGUACACCACCCAAAGUUCUCCACAGUCAUUAGAGACAGACCAUAUGGACCAGACCAGUACCACAGAUAGCAGUGCUAUUUCCACAGGGACAGAUAACGGUGCUAUUUCCACAGGGACAGAUAACGGUGCUAUUUCCACAGGGACAGAUAGCAGUGCUAUUUCCACAGGGACAGAUAACGGUGCCAUUUCCAUAGGGACAGAAAGCAAUGCUAUUCCCAUAGGAACAGGUAGUAGUACUAUUUCCACAGGGACAGAUAGCAGUACUAUUUCCACAGGGACAGAUAACAGUGCCAUUUCCAUAGGGACAGAAAGCAAUGCUAUUCCCAUAGGAACAGGUAGCAGUGCUCAUGCUGCAGGGACAGAUAGCAGCACCAAUGCCACAAACCAGAUCUUGGAGACAAACCCUAACUUGAAUAUUUCACCUGUAACUGUAAGGAUGCCAAGGAUUCCUACCUGUACAAUAUGUUCAGACAGAUUUUCAGAUUCAUUUUUGAAUUGUGGCCACAUUCUCUGUUUUGUAUGUGCCACAGAGCUAACAGAGCGUGGAUCCCUCUGUCACAUCUGCAGACAGGAAUUUACUACAGUGUCUCAGCUGUAUUAUUAAAAUAACAUACACUUCAGUUGCUUCCCUCCUAUAUUGCAUCAAACAAUGCAUAUUUUUGGAAAGUGAAGAAUUAACAAGGAUAUAAACUGUUAACGUUUCUACUCUACUGGUUAGACAGUUCUUCUUGUGCCAAAUAGCGAGCUGUUAUUUGUACUGUGUUUCAGUCACCUGAGUGUAAAGCUCUUUCUGAUAUCAACUGUCUACUAAUAUUUUCGACAGGCUGUCUGUCUGUCGAUCUGUAUACCAAUUUUUCACAUUUAAACUUCUGUAUAGUCCUUGGGCCAAAACCAACAAAAUAUGCCUCAAAUCAUCUUUUAGUAGAGGGUUAUAAGAGUCUUCAAUUCAAAGUCCAAUUCCCUUGCAUAAGGAGAUAUUCAUUUUGUUAUCUGUUUUUCUCUUGGAGCCACUGAGCCAAAAAUCAUAAAUUUAUUUGAAGCAUAUAAUAUGUUAUAUAUUAAUUGCACCAGUAGUUAUCACAGAGACACAUUAAAUUUUUUUUAAAUGCUGCAUAAUAUAAAAUAAUUUUGAAACACUUUUUUUGGAACAGUAAAUUAACAAAAUAUCUAAGAUCAAAGGAUACCCUAAAUUGGGGGAAAGAAGUAUUUCGUGAUACUUUCUUAUAUCUUAUUGUUUUCGGAUUCAAAAUAAUUUUCUCAAUGGUAAAAUUGAAGUAAUUUAUAUUCAUUUUGGAGGGGAUUUGAAUUUUUUCAUGGUUUUGUAUUAAAUUAAUUUCAAUCCAGCUAGCAUAUUAUAUUUGAGGAAAAUGCAAAAAUUAAGGCUGGUUUGAUAUGAAAACUUUGUUAUGAAAAUGUGUUUUAGCAAUCAUAGAACCUGUACACAUUGUUUCACAAUUUUUGAGUAUCAUCCUUAAUACUAAAGCAUCCUUGCAAUAUUGAGAAGUUUAUUCAGAUGGUGGCCCUAAUAGGGGAUUUAGUUUUUGGUCACAGUAGGGAGCAAUUUGUUUUAUGUAGGGUUAAUACAGGAUUUUUUAAAAAAGUUAAACACUUUAGAAACUGCAUGUACAACACAAACUGUGAAGUAUAUGUAAAAGGGUAAAAAUUUGGGCUAGUGGAUAAUUUCUUUAUUUUUUUUUUUACUCAUAGUUGGUGCUCAAAAAGCAUUGUGUAUAGUGUGAAAGAACAAUUUUUUUUCAAUUUUUUAGAGGCACAAAAAGAUUUCAGAUUUCAAUUUUUAAGAGAUUUAUGUAACAGUAUUACGUAUAUGUAUUAAAUCUAUUUAGCAGCAAACAAUGCAUGAUAUAACUUUUAAUGUUUACGACAACCAGACGUCAAAAUGUGGAAUAUUUGGCAGUGUUUACUGAACUGGUUUUUUUUAUCUCAAGAAUUUUUUUUUAUUUCAGGGAUGUGAUAAACAAGAAAUUUGUUUGUACAUAUUAGAAUUUUGCAAGUCUGUUUUUUAUUUAAAUGUAUGAAGGUACAGCAUAUUAAAAGUGAUUUUUUAAUUAAGAUAUACAUUUGUGUUGAAGUUUGCUAUUUUUCUAAAUAAUUUAAGAAUGAACAUUUUACCAAAUUCUCUUACAUGCAUUUUUCAUUGUAAUUUUUUGUUUAAUAUAUAUACAUAUAUAGGUCUUGUGUUACAGGUAGUCUAAAAUUUGUUCAACAAUUAAUAUUAGCAACCAUUUCUAUCAUAUUGGUAAGUUUUAUGUCAUGUUUUAUUCUUCAGAAGUGAUAGUGAAAAAAUGCAGAAUUUUGGACCAAACUAGAAAGAAGACAAUGUCAUAAUUUCACAGAAGUUAGAUAUUCAUUUUCAUUAUAUAAGGGAAAAUCUUUAUUGUGCAGGGAUUUUUUUUUAAUUUUAGAACCUUUUUUUCAUUUACAAAGGCAUGUAUAAUUUGUUCAUGCAUGUUACUUUUAAAUGCUUGAAAUAAAAAUAGAAGCAAAUAUC